AUGAUCCUUAGCGGCACCCAGAUCCUAUCCCGCAACCUCGUCCAAAACCUCCUCAACAGCUCCCUCCAACUCCAACCCUACUUCACCAACGCCAAUCGCAAAGCCGCCAAAACAACACUACUCCAAUUCACGGACACAAUCACCCUAAAGCCAGGAUCUUAUCUAAUCGAUUUCAACGAAACGGUCAAAGUCCCCCGGAAUUGCAUGGCGAGCGUGUUGCCCCGCUCGUCGCUUUGGAGAUCCAGCGUGGGUAUUAGUGCGGGUGUGGUGGAUGCAGGGUACGAGGGGGCCAUGGGGCGAUGA